AUGUCUCCCCGGAGUGCACUUAUAGUCUUGAUUACGGUGCUAGCGGCUGCUGGGCACGUUAGUACUCAGAGCGACGAUCCUAAACUCGCCAGGGCAAGCUCAGAGUUCGGUUUAACACUUCUCAAGGAACUGUGCUCUACCAGGAAGCCUCAAGAAAACAUCUUCUUCUCCCCAAGCAGCAUCUUCGCAGCGCUGACCAUGGUUUACGCUGGUGCAAAGGGUACGUCUGCCGCGGAACUUGAGACUGUCCUAGGCCUAAGCAGGGCACAAAUCACGACGCGGGACGCCGUUCUCGGGGCGUACAGGACGUACCUGAAUGACCUCCAGUCGCCCAACGUGACCCUGAAGAUAGCCAACGCAGCUCUGGUCGAUAAAAGGCUUAGACUUCUCGAGAGCUACAAGCGGGACCUGGCUGAGACGUUUGGUGCCGAGGUUCGGUCUGUUGAUUUUGAGAACAAUCUGAAAAACGUUGUGCCGGAAAUUAACCAAUGGGUCAAGACGAAGACAAAAGGCAAAAUUUCCGAUAUCGUUAGCGAAGGUUCCUUACGCGAGGCAGUGAUGGUCCUCAUAAAUGCUAUAUAUUUCAAAGGCUCUUGGGAGAACGCUUUCGACACCAAUCAAACAGCUCAUUUUCCGUUCUACAAUGGAGGCAUCGAACCUGUCCAGGUGAAAACAAUGGCACGCUUGAGCACGAUAAACUAUUGUACGCUACCCGAGCUCAAGUCUCAAGCCGUUCAGCUUCCAUACUCCGGGCACAGAUACAGCAUGGUCAUUGUUCUUCCAAACGACAGGAUCGGACUUCCUCAGCUCAUAGGAGCCCUCUCUGUCAGAACACUUCUGACUCUUCAGAAGAAACUGUCUCCGCACGAAGUGGAACUCAGACUCCCGAAGUUCGAGCUAAGAACAAGCUACAAGCUUGUGGAUGCGUUGAAGGGGCUGGGCUUAAUAUCCAUAUUCAGCAAUCGGUCUGACCUAUCGGGGAUCUCAAGUUAUGGGAAGCUCAAAGUGUCCGAUGUUGUGCACAAAGCUAUGGUGGAUGUGAGCGAAGAAGGGACUGUCGCAGCCGCUGUUACGGAAGUCAAGGUUGUAUUUGAAAGCCUCAGCUCUCCAGAGGCUCUGAAUGUUCACGUCGACCACCCUUUUCUGUUUCUCAUCUCUGACACCGUCCAAAAUCGAAUCCUCUUUAUUGGUGCGGUUCAUAGAUUGUGA